UUCUGUAAUAAUAUCUUCAAAGAGAAUAAAUAUUAAAUGCAAACACUCAUAAUCAACUCAGAUCUUUAACAUAUGAUAUUAAAACAGAAAAUUUAACGAAUAAUUAGACUCCAAUAACUAUCUAGUUUUCGUUACGUAUAUAUUGAUAAUUAUGCUACAAUAUUCAAUCAAUGAGAAUAAGGAAUCAGAAUAAAAUACUCAUUUUAGUUCAUUUUGAGUAGUCAUGGUGGUGUGAACAAUUACUUUUAAUAUCUAUAAAUAGUUUUUAUAUUAUUCCAAGGUCCUAGUCAAGUAGGCGCCAAAAGAAAUUAAAAAUCUAUAUAUCAAACCAUCCAGGGGUGACGGUUCUCCAUGACGUCAUCGGUCGGGACAACAUCCCCCAUCCCAAGGAUGCAAGUUCGACCUGAGUGUCAUUUAUUGUUCAACAGCUUGCCGAAGUGGUUCCGUUUGGGAGAGAAAUCAUAUUCGAACGAAUAUCGUGAUAAAUAAAAUGAGUUUUAUACAGUAAUUAUUUGUGCCGGUAAAGAAAAAAUCGAUUGAAAGAUAUAAAAUAUCUCAUGGAAACGCAACAAGCGUCGAUACACGAGACACGCAUCGAUUUCACCGGGAAAACAUGAGUGGCGGAAAUUACGGACAGAUCGACACGAGCCCCGUGACUAAUAACGGGUUUCGAGUGCAAUGCGAAUAUUUCAUUGGAACGGAUGUACGUCGGAAAACAAAGGACAUGGCACACCUGUAGAUACGAAAUGCCGGACUAGUGGAAGUUGAAGAGUAGAGAAUAAUAAGCAGAGAACUGUAGUACAGAGGAUAGAAAAAAAGAAUUGAUUGGUACGUAGUGACAGCACCCUACAGGAGCAAGUAAGGAUAAUGAGUCACGCUCAGCAGCAUGUACUUGCAAGUGCAAUAGUUCUUGCUCUGAUAGUGGUCUUCGGCAUCCAUGUCUUCCUGUUUCCCAUGUACACAUCCAACCCACCAGCUCGCCACAUAAAGAUCUCAACCUAUGAACAAGCGCUUUGUCGCACCACAUUAAAGAAUAUCAGAAUACCACCAGAGUGGAGAAACCCAUGUCCAAAGUAUGGAAUAGUUUCCGCAGUCCAAGGUGGCAGACUUGGCAACCAAAUUUGGGAAUAUGCCUCUGUAUGGGCCACAGCAAGAAGAACUGGUUUGGAACCGUUCGUGCCACGCUGUAUAUUAAAAACUUUGGAGGAAUACUUUGAAAAUCUUAGUAUUCCUCCACUUAGUUACAUUGGAAGGUGCAGUCUAGAUGUUAGUCAAGUUGUUAAUUCUCUUGGACAGUGGAAUAGUACAGAACAGAACAUUAUUAUACCAAGGCAUGCAGCUUAUUGGUCUCUCAUUUUGGAGGGGUUGGAUGAUGUACGAAGAGAAUUUACAUUUAAGCCAAACUUGAGAAUUUACGCGGAAAGGGUAUUGAAGGAAAUAGCUGAAGAAUUUAACUUGCCUAAACCAACAUUUGUUAGCAUACAUGUAAGAAGGACAGAUUAUGUAGACUAUUUGUGGCAAAAAUUGAAAAUUAGACCUGCCCCUGUGAGCUAUUACUUUACGGCAAUGGAUUACUUUGUUGGCAAGUAUAAUAAUGUAAUUUUUGUAGUAACUAGCGAUAACAUAGUUUGGUGCAAGUAUAAUUUACAUAGUAAAAGACAUAGAAUCAAAUUUGUGUCCGAUAUGGACGCAAGAGGUCCCGGCAAAGACCUGGCAGUUUUAUCAGCAUGUAAUCACAGUAUUAUAGAUUACGGUACAUAUGGUUCAUUCGGAGCAAUUUUGGCUGCUGGAGAAACUGUGGUGUACAAUGUAACAACAUACUUUUCUACCUUAAUUGCCGAAGUUUUGCCAAACUGGAAGAUAAUGAGUUGAACAAAAAUCAAAAAAUACUUUUUACAGAUCUCAGAUUAGAAGUAACGCGUGUACAAAUACUUUAUUAAAAACACUUUUUAUACGAGGUACAACAAUUGUUUUGUUCAAUAUUAUAACACAGAGGAAACAUUCUCUGUUGUUCACAUCAAAAUUCAAAAUGCUCAAAAAUGAAAUUUUCUAUACAAUUUUGUUUUAUAUAUAUAUAUGUGAAAGUUACUUGUAAUUUUUACAUUUGUCAUUUUAAAUUCAUAAACGGAAAUAUUUAUUUACAAUUCUCAUAUACUUACGAAGUGAUAUGCAAAUGUUUACUCUAAACAAUUAAAAUUUAAUCCGUUAGUUAGAACAAAUAUUUUCGUUCAGUGUUAAAGUUUUCCACUUUUUCCAAAAUUUCUACGAAAUCAACCAAAUGAAAGUGUAUUGUUAUAUUUCAAAAAGUUUUUAUCAAAAUGAUAUAUAUCUAUGAUGCUGAUAAAUUGCUUAGGAGUAAUGUGCAUAGUUUUUCACUUAAUUACGGCACUAUUAGAUAAAUAUUAGGAACUGUGCACCCUUAAUGGUAGUAAGGGAGUUUACAUAUUUUGAAAAUUUGUAAAAGUCUAAUAUAAAUGAGGGAUACAACAGAACAAUGGACCACUAAUGUCUAAAAUUAAAACAGAUACUUAUUUUUUUUACUACUGAGAAUCAUACUCUUGUGGCCCUGAACAAUUAAAUAGAUUCAAUAUUCUUUUCACAUGAUGAACCAACAAACUGAUGUGAGCCUAAUCUAAAAGUCUACAAAACAAGAGGUAAUACACGCUUUACAGUGGUCGGAAUUAGGUACAGUGAUUUUUUAAUAUUUAUAGUAUUGUUUUCAAAAUCAUAAGCUCUUGACUAGCGUAGAGUUGUUUCGUGAUAUAAUGUAACAAUCGGGAAGGGAAUAACGUAGCUAAAUGUACUUGCAUUACGUAUUAAGUCUAUCAUACAAAAGAUAAACUUGCAGAUAUAGAUAAAAAGUAUUGAUGAUCUAUGACUCUUAUAAUGUACAAUGAUUUCAACUGUGAUUCUAUUUCUUAUUGUGCCAAAAUUCGUAAUAUACAUACACGUAUAAAGAAAUAUAUAUACAUAUAUCGAUGGAUAUAUAUAUAAUAAAUUCAUAUGUGUGUACAGAAUAUAUAUACAUAUGUAUAUAUAUAUACGUUCGCUGAUGCACGUGUACACGUACACACAUAUACAAUGAAGUUAUAUCUAUACA